CGGCGCCGAGCUUUCCCGAGCGGUGACGAGCGUGUUCGGGGCCUUUCCGAUCGACUUCCGAUGAGGCCCGAAGCGGCCCGAGCCGCUCGGGCCCCGUGCGAAGGCGGCCGGCGCGCGCGCUCCCUGCCGGCUGGCCAAUGGGGCGCGGCCGAGUCCGCGCGGCGCGGCCCGAAGCGGUACCUGACGGAUCGGGUGAGACCCGAGCCCGCCCGAACGCGGCCGAGUCCCCGAGCGGUGCGGCCCGGCGAGGCGAAGAGUCCCGAGCGCGCUCGAGCCGUUUCCGAUCUCUGCCGAAAACGGUAGCGAGGAGCGCCGAUGUGUGCCGAGUCCUCUCCGAUCGCACCCGAGCUCCGCUCGCCGGCCCGAACGGAGACGCCCGAACGGGCAGCGCCCGAAUCCGCCCGAAAGCGACCGAACCGGGCCGAACGCUCCGAUCGCGCCCGAAGGCGGGUGGGCGGGGUGAGUCGCUGCGCGCGGGCUGCCGGGACGGCGGAGGACCGGCGGGCGGGGCGUUGAGAUGGCGGUGCCGAGCCGAGAUUCUGCUUUAUGUCAAUGGGAUUUAUUACAUCUUCUACUUCUUGGCAACUCUUGCAAUGAUUAUUUACAAAAGUCAAGUUUUCAGUUAUCCAGAUGAUCUUUUGGCUCCUGAUCUUGCCGUGCUUUUCCUUAUGGCCAUUCUGGAAGUGCCUCGAUUGUACUUGGGUUUCAAGGGUAACCUGACAGAAGCGGAGGCGCCGCUGGGGCUGAGCCUGGGGCUGACGGUGGGCAGCGUGGUGCUGAGUGUGUACCUGCUGCUGUGGCAGACCUACGUGCUGUGGGCAGACGUGCUCCUCAACGCGCUGCUGCUCGCGGCCUACGGGCUCGAGUCGGGCCUCAAGGUCACGGCCAUCGCCGCCUUUGUCAGCUGAGCCCGGCCCUGCCCGCACCCCUGCCACACAUUCCUUCUCUGAAAGAGUGGGGCUGCAUUUGCACUGUGGAAUUCCUUUGUAUAGGAAUUUCUCUAAUUCCUAUACAAUCUAAUUUCUCCGUUUAAAUCAGAAGUUUUGGGGGUGUAGAUGUCCUGCCCAGGAGCUGUGUGAUGCUGUCCACCGUGGGCUUAUUCAUAGGCAAAGGCAAGGGAUGAAUAGCAAAACACUUUAAACUCUGGCAUUCACCAGGGAUCAGCACUAAAUGCGCAUUCCCAACACAGGACAGGAGCCAGUGCUGCUGGCUUGGUGGGAGUUUUCGUGGCACAGCAGCAACAUCAGCCCAAGUGACACAGAAAUGAAUCAGGCCAGGGCUCGCUUGUGCCUUGCCACACACACGUCCGUGUUUGAGGGCACGGCUGCUCUGCUGCUCUCAUUUGUUUCCAGACCUCAGUGGUAAUUUCCCUGACUUUAGUAGGGCAGAACCUGAUGGAUCCCAGCGGGGCAGAGUGGAACUGGGUUUUGGGCAUACCUGGAGAGCCAAGCCACAAGGUUUGUCAGCCAGUACUUACACACUACGUGAGGGGAUAUUUGGUUAAACAGGAUGGCUUUAAAUGAACAAAACCAUUCACCAUUCAUUUUCCCUUCUGUCCUGUUUAAAAGUCCAACAGAAUGUUGGCAGUUUUAUUUCUAUUUGGUGUUAAAUGUGCUUAUUUCUACUAUUUUGCAAAAAUUACUAUACACAAGCCUGUCUUUUAACUUCUAACUGGUGCAAGUGCAGAGUUUUUUACUGUCUCAAAAGUAUGUGUUAAUGGAAAGCUUUGGGAGUUUCUGGGUUUUUGAAGAAGCCCAUUUUCUAUUCAGAAUUUUCUAUUUUUGUAUUUAUUUAUUCAUUCAAAUAAAUAAUGGUGUAGAUCUAA